AUGGGUUUUUUGGGUGGUCGUUCUCUCUUCUUUGUGGAAAUGAGUUUGUUCGCGCUUUGGAAUGUGUGUUCUUCUCUCCGGAUCCAUACUGACACAGCGCUUCACCACAACCACAGGGACGUGAUCAACCUCCUAGAAGCGCUAAAUGUCACACAUUCUGUUAGAGGCGUUACGAAGGUCAAAGGUCGUGACCCGGGAAUGUGGGCAUGGCGUUUCCGUUCUCGCACACCCCAUCUCACUCUCCCACCAGAACACUGGACCCACCCCCUGGACCGUACCCUGAGCUUCCAUCUCAUUGGCCAGCAAUCACCAGGCUCUGAGGCCACACUCCUCUCACUGACCAAUCACGGCAGGGUCCUUCUGCGACUCAUCUCAAACACACGCUCUAAUUGGCUGAGGCUGGAGACGGGCGAAGAUGUAGGGGGGACAGUGGAGUUCUCAGGCGGUUCCCCAUUCGCGAGGGGAGGCUGGGUGGAGCUAGCCCUGACAGUGGAACCUGAACGACUGGUCCUGUUUGUGGACUGCCAGGAAGCCCAGGUUCUACAACUCACAGACCCCAUGAGCGAACUGAACACGGCACCACACAGCCAACUACUACUCACAUUCUCCAGUACUGCAGGAGACAGGGCAAGCAAGUUCAGUGGUAACUGGCAGACUGCUGUGCUGUCCUUGUCAGCGUUUGAGAGGAGACCAUGGCACUGUGACAGCGUAACAGACUCUCCCAUAAUGCCCGUGAGUCCUGAUGUGGGUGUGGCUCAUGACCAGCCUCAGCGUGGGGGGGGUUUGGGGCCUCCAGCCAUCCCUCAGGGUAGAGUGUCCCCCUCCAGCGACACAACACGCCAACUCAACACCACACGACUCAACACCACGCAGCGAAUCAGCACACUGGAACAACAGCUGCAAGCACUCAACAGCAUGCUAAAUAUGCUGAAGACACAGAAUGCAGAUCUACAGGCACGUGUGCAGUAUUUGGAGUCGUGUGAGUGUGUGAGGAGAGUUUGUGAGUGGGAAGGGCGUGAGGUGCAGGAGGGGUCUCGCUGGGUGAUUGACAGACGAACCGUGUGCUCUUGCAUCUCUGGACACGUCCAGUGUGCCUCCUCAGAUGAGUGCAGUUUUGAGGGGAAACUCUACAGUAAUGAUGAAGUGUUCAACCCUGACCCCUGCUCCACCUGUGUGUGUGAGAAUGGACAGGUGGAGUGUAAGGAAGUCCUCUGUUCUUCCCUGUCCUGUGUAGAGACGUUUGUUCCUCAGGGGCAAUGCUGUCCUAUCUGCAGACCAGGCUGUGAGUAUGAUGGAGGAAUCUAUGAGGAUGGAGAUGUUUUUGCGUCCAGAGUUGACCCCUGCAUUAAAUGCUCCUGCACUAACAGUGAGGUCAGGUGCAGUCCCACCCACUGCCCUCCCACUCCCUGCAGUAACCCAUACAAGAGACCAGGAGAGUGCUGUCCCACCUGCUCAGCAUGUGACCUUGAUGGACAACCUUACAAUGGUUCCUUCAGUACCGCUGAUGGCUGUCAGACGUGUAACUGUCAGAGUGGGGAGGUGCUGUGUGUGGAUGUGGAGCAGUGUCCACAGUCUUGUCGUGAUGGAGUGAAGCAUCCAUUCGGCUCCUGCUGCAGGGACUGCUCCCGCUGUGACCUCCAUGGGGAUGUCAUCCUUGACGGAGUCUCGUUCCCUGACCGCCGUGACCCCUGCACGCACUGCACCUGCACUGGUGGGAACAUUAUGUGUACUGCUGCACUCUGUCCAUCACUGGACUGCACUGAGUUGGAGACAGUUGAAGGAGAUUGUUGUCCCAGGUGCAAAAGUUGUGUUCAUGAUGGGAAACAAUAUCAGCACAAUAGUCAGUGGAGGGAUCCACAGAAUCACUGUAGCCUGUGCACAUGUUCGGAGGGGUGUGUUCAGUGUGAAAUGGAGGAGUGCAACCUGCCCUGUAAGAGCCUGCCCACUCCUCAUCCUGGUGCCUGCUGCCCUGUCUGCGAUGGCUGUGGAGUAAAUGGGCUGAAUUUCCUGAAUGGACAGAGAGUUCCGAGUGACACUGAGUGUGAAGAGUGUGUUUGCAGGAAUGGAGAUCUGCAGUGCUCACCUCUCCCAUGCCCAGCAACGCCUUGUUCUCAUCCAAUCAAAAGACUUGGAGAAUGUUGCCCACGGUGUGAGCAGUGUGAGUAUGAGUCUGAGCUGUAUCUGGAGGGACAAAGUUUCUCAUCCCGAGUGGAUCCCUGCUUGAGCUGCCGAUGUUUGGCUGGGGAGGUAGUGUGUGAGCGUAAAGACACUUCAUGUCCCUCUCUCCGCUGUACUCACCCUGCCAAAACCCCUGGAGAGUGCUGUCCGACCUGUAACAUGUGUGAACACGAUGGAGCUGUGUAUGCGGAUGGUACCAUCUUUAAUCCUGUGGGAAAUGGAGCUUGUAUCCAGUGUAAAUGUAAGAGGGGCACUGUGAGAUGUCACAAGGUCAAAUGCCCUCCUGUGUUGUGUCCACACCCUGUCACUGAUCCCCAGCACUGCUGUCCUGUCUGUAACGUGUGUGUGGUAAAUGAGGUGGAGUUUGAGGAUGGGGCCCAGUGGGAGUCUGACACCCACCCCUGCAGUAGCUGUUCCUGUGUGGGAGGAGAGGUCGUGUGCACAGCCGUACAGUGUCCACCUGUCACCUGUCCACACCCCACCCAAACACACGAUGAGUGCUGUGCGUCAUGUGAGCGCUGCACCUUUAACCAGAGAAUCUAUGAAAAUGGCCAAACAUUCAGCAACCCAGACAAACCCUGUCAGAUCUGCACCUGUCAGGCUGGAUCUGUACAAUGUAACACUAUUGAGUGCCCACCUGUCACAUGUAUCAAUCCUCAAACACUCAACGGACAUUGCUGCCCUCAGUGUCAAGACUGUGAUUUUGAGAACCGUGUGUACGUUAAUGGCGAGUCAUUCCCUAGCCCAGUCAAACCGUGUGAGGCGUGUGUGUGUGUCGGAGGUGAAGUCAACUGUCAGGACCAGCAAUGUCCAAAUGCCAACUGUCAACAUCCUAUAGAGGGGACUUGUUGCCACAACAACUGCAAUGGUUGCAGUUACUCUGGUAAAGAUUUCCCGAACGGAAUGGAGUUUCCCCAUCCGACAGACAGUUGCAGGACAUGUCACUGUCUAAAUGGUAAUGUCCAGUGUUUGAUGAAGAGGUGCCCUCCUCUCCCGUGCUCUGAUCCAUAUGUGACGCCAGGAGAAUGCUGCCCCCAGUGUCCAGUACCUCCUGCUGACUGUGUGCUUGAGGGGCGGGCCUACAGACACACACAGCGCUUCUAUCACCAUACAGACAGCUGUCAAUCAUGCAUCUGUACCAAUGGGAGUGUGAGCUGCCAGCGUAAACCCUGCCCUCCUGCUCGGUGCACCCACCCCAUCCUGCAGGAGUGCUGCCGGACCUGUGACGGCUGUUUAUAUGGUGGUCAGGAGCAUGCGAACGGAGCAGUGUUCUCAGACCUGUCGGAUCCAUGUGCAGUGUGUGUAUGUCUUCAGGGCAGUGUGUCGUGUGAGAAAAGACGCUGCCCCCUGCUCACCUGUCCUCACCCUACACAGGGAGAAUGCUGCCACAGCUGUGAUGGUUGCAGAUAUGAUGGUGUGGAGUACAUGAGUGGGCAAGAGUUUUUGGAAGCUGGUGACCAGUGCGCUCAGUGUGUAUGUGUGAGUGGUCAUGUGACCUGCCGUCCAAAACCCUGUUACAGUCCAGGCUGUUCCCACCCAGUGACUCUGACUGGACACUGCUGCCCUGUGUGUGACGGUUGUUUCUUUAACAACAUGAUGUUGCUUAAUGGACAGACAGUACCAGACGAGAGCAACACCUGCUCAGAGUGCACCUGCCGGGCAGGUUCGGUGCAGUGUGUAAGAAGAAUGUGUGCCACAGCCCGAUGUCCUCAUCCUGUUAGUGGACCAUGUGGCUGCCCUGUCUGUGAAGGAUGUAUGUUUCAGGGAGAGACAUACGCUGAUGGAGACUCGUUUUCACCUCCGAAAGGAGCUUGUGAGGAGUGCAAAUGUAAUGCAGGGGAGGUGAGGUGUAGUCCCAGGUUAUGUCCUAAAGUGACCUGCUCCCACCCUGCAACUGACGUCUGUGCGUGUCCCGUGUGUGAGGACUGUCGAUUUCGUGGGAGACAUCGUGCAAAUGGCGAACGAUUUCCCGACCCCCGUGACCCCUGCAGACAAUGCGCAUGCCUGAAUGGCAGAGUGUCAUGUGAGUCAGUAGCCUGUCCGGCUGUAGAAUGCAGUAGGCCAGAGAGGAGGCCAGGUGAGUGCUGUCCCACGUGUACAGGUGUGUGUGAGCACCUGGGCCAAGCCUAUGAGAGCGGCACCACCUUCACUCCACCCACUGACCACUGCUCCAUCUGCACCUGCCUGGCAGGUGAGGUUACCUGUGAGGGACCUCAGUGUCCAGAUAUAACCUGUAUGCAUCAGACCACUGACCCGGGGUCCUGCUGCCCACGCUGCCGAGGCUGUGUGUAUGAGGCCGUGGAGCAUCCUGAGGGCAGUGUGUGGAUUGCGUCCAGUGCAGGCUGUAUGUCCUGUAUGUGUGUGGAUGGUGUUACCACAUGUUCAGACAUCCAGUGUCUGUCACCCUGUCACAACCAGAUCAGUGUGCCUGGAGAAUGCUGCCCCGUGUGUGCAGAUUGUCUCUAUGACGGCCAUGUGUACAGCCCUGGGGAGAGCUUCAGCCCUACAGAUGACCCCUGUCAGAUCUGUACAUGUGAGGUGAUGCCACAUGGUGAACAGUAUUUGCGGUGUGUGAGGAAACAGUGUCCCAGUUUGGUGGAUUGUCCCAAACACAACAUUCUGUUCAGCGGCCCGGACUCCUGCUGCCCUGUCUGUGCACAGCCCCUCAGCAACUGCACAGCAACACUGAUUGGAAAUGAAGUCCUUGCCACUGAUGAUCCAUGUUUCACCUGCCACUGCAAGGACCUGACGUGGACGUGUGUUCAUCAGAGCUGCCUCCCACUCAGCUGCCCCCACACUGAACAGAUCACCCCCCCGGAUUCCUGCUGCCCCGUCUGCAAUGAGUGUGUGAUAGAGGGAGGGAGACAGCGUGUGCCAAACGGACAGAGCUGGACAGACAGUGUGGAUGAGUGUAUCACCUGCACCUGCAAUCUGGGUUAUAUAGAGUGCGAUAUAGAGGAAUGUACCCCGCGUGUGUGUGAGGACGGCCUGGUGAAAGUCAAGACUCCUGGAAAAUGCUGCUAUGAAUGCCAAGACACACGUGUACAGUGUGUGUAUGAAGGACAGGUAUAUAACUCUGAGGAUCAGUGGGAACUGGAUGGCUGUACGACUUGCACCUGUGUGUCUGGAGACGUCCACUGUCAUACCCAGAGAUGCCCAACCGUGUCUUGUGCAUCCGAUGAGAUUCUGUCUGUUGUUCCUGGUAUGUGCUGUCCUCGCUGUCUGCCCCUCCCUGCGUCGUGUGUGGUGUUUGGGGACCCUCACUAUCAAACUUUUGACCGAAAAAUGAUCAGUUUCCAGGGGGCGUGUACCUAUGUACUGGCACAGGACUGUGAGGGCGGAGAUUUCAGUGUCCAUGUGACUAAUGAGGACCGGGGUCGUCAGGGUGUGUCCUGGACUAAGGAGGUGACUGUGUUCAUUGGGGAUGUGGUUGUGCAGCUGCUGCAGAACUGGGUCGUCAAAGUGGACUAUCAGACUGUGUCCCUUCCUUUUCUUAAAGAGCCAUAUGUGUUUCUGACAAGAAAAACCAACACAAUCCUCCUCAACACAAACAUUGGUCUGGAGGUGCUGUGGAAUGGCCGUUCCCAUCUGGAGCUGAAAGUUCCUGGAACUUACAAGAAAAAGACCUGUGGACUGUGUGGGAACUUCAACAACUUCCCUCAGGAUGACAUGAAGCUACGCAAUGGACAGAUCACAAACUCUGAGGCCACUUUUGGAAAUGACUGGAAGGUCCAGACUGGAAACCAUUCCAGAACGGAGUGCUCUGAUGGACAGAAUGUAGACCCGUGUAAGGCGGCGGGAUAUUUUGCGCGUAAAGUGGCAAAUGCGCGCUGCAGCGUUCUGAAAUCCGGAGUAUUCCGCCGAUGCCACGAAGUAGUCCCGCCCGAGAUGUUCUUCGCCGCGUGUGUGUAUGACCUGUGUGCCUGCGGAUCAAACACAGACGAGUGUGUGUGUGACGCACUGGAGGCCUACGCUUCAGAGUGUAGGCACGCAGGGGUCGUUCUUCAGUGGAGGUCACCCUCCCUCUGUGCGGUGGGUUGCCCUGUGGAUCGUGGGUAUGUGUUUGAUGAGUGUGGGCCUCCGUGUCCUAAGACAUGUCUGAAUAAGGAUGUGCCGUUGGGUGUGGUUGAGGCUGGCUGCUUUAAGCCCUGUGUGCCAGGAUGCCAGUGCCCGGCUGGACUGGUGGAGCAUGACGCCCACUGCAUCUCCCCAGAGAAAUGCCCUAAGAUUAUCCACGACAACCACAACCAAACUACAAAACUACUGCACUGA